CUGCUGGCGUCGGAUGGACACGGUGCGCAUUUUUAUUCUAAAAAAUAGUUUUUAGUGGUUCCUCGCAAGUUUUUUCACAAGAAAAGUUGUAACUAAUCACGAAGGAAGUGAAUUUUACCAAAAAACGAUCUACUUUGAACGACGCUUGUGAAGUAGAGUUGCAAGAACCGCUACAAUCUACAUCGAAAGAAGAAGAGAAAGAUACACGUAAAAUGAAAAAAGAAAUAGUGAACAAAAGAACUAAUAACAAUAGGAUGGUGGAAUCAUUAAGAGGGAAGGAAAAAGAAGUGAAUUUUACCAAAAAACGAUCUACUUUGAACGACGCUUGUGAAGUAGAGUUGCAAGAACCGCUACAAUCUACAUCGAAAGAAGAAAAAGAUAUGCUUAAAAUGAAAGAAGAAAGAGUAACGAAAAGAUCUAUUAACAACAGGAUGGUGGAAUCACUAAGAGGGAAGGAAAACGAUAUGCCGAAUUCCUCCGAAGUAAAUAACGAUCUCAACGAGGGAGACUUUAUUCUUGCUGCAUUUCAGUCGAUCAAAGGCAAAAGAACCUACAAAUACGUUUGCCUUAUUGAUCAAAUCAACCAAGAAAAAAUUGUAGUAAAAGGACUCAAAUCUUAUAAAAAUAACAGAGAAUUUAGGUUAGUUGAAGAUGAUAUUUCAAUUAUAGAAAAAAAAGAUGUGAUCUCACGUUUACCAAAACCUGUGUUAAAUGAACAAAGAGACACUGUGAUAUUUCCUUAUAAGGUAGAGAUAUUUGAAUGUAAGUAAACAAGUUACCCUUUCUGAGAGAAUGGACAUUUGGGAAAUGUAAACAAUUAUUCAUAUAGUAUUAAGUACAAAAACGUUAUUUAAUUUAAGUGUUAAAACUAAUUUCAUGUUACUAAUAGAAGCUUAUAAACGUAAUAAAUUACGUUACGUUACGAUUUUUCAUAUUAAUUAGUAUGGUAUUCAGUACAAAAACUUUAUUUAAUUUAAGUAUAUACCAAAAGACUUAUUUCUUGUUAGUUACUAGUAAAUAGUUUCAAAAUAUAACUAAAAAAGACUGUAUAAAUAAACAUAAAAUAUUUUAUUAUUAUGAUUAAUAAAAAUAAGCUAGACAAAAUAGUUUAAGUAUGCAUAAAAAACUUUUUUCUUGGCAUUAAUUAAAGCUAGGAAACGUAACUUUGCAACCUUACUAAUUAGUAAAUAGUUUGAUAAAAGUUAAAAAAGGCUGUUUGAUUAAGUUACUUAUUUAGAUUAAUAAAGAUAAAGCUAGAUAAAAUAGUUUAAGUAUGCAUAAAAUACUUAUUUCUUGUCAUUAGUUGAAGCUAGGAAACGUAACUACGUAACAUUACUAAUUAUUUAGUAGUCUGAUAAAAGUAAAAAGGCUGUUUGAUUAAGCAUAAGUAAACUAUUUUAUGAUGAUUAAUAAAAAUAUAGCUAUUAUUUUUUAGUCUGUUUAACAACUAAAAAA